GACGUCUUUGACUUCGAAGCUUGUGAUAUUGAUAUACGAACGAUAUCCACAAGAAACCCCUGACAAAACGUCUCAACAGUAUGAUGACAAAUACUCAACCGAACGGUACUGAGUCGCCGACCAAGAGCGACUCGAAGGCUUUUUCUCACAACCUAGUCCCGAGGAUUAGCAUUGAGGAGUCUCGUGUGAACUCUCCCAUGAAGACGCCUUUUAAUGUUAAUGCUGCGGAAUUCGUACCACUCUCCGCUCGAAACGUAGAGGAGAGAGGUGAUAACGAGAACACGGCAGCACUGAAUGUGAAUGCCCCAGCGUUCGUGCCUGGUGGAACGACGACAAGCAACUGUCUCGGACUUGUAGAUCCAAGCGAAAGGGUGAAGGAGGAAAUAUGCCAAAUAAUUCACUCUAUGGGAAUGACUGGUAUACGUGUGACGCAAUUACCUCAUCAAUAUCGAAGGUCUACAGGCAAAUGGCUAAUCUUGUCGGAUACCAAAUUUUCCACACUUUCUGAUGUCAUUGACGACAUCAAAGCUCGCAUCGAGUUUAUUGAUAAACCAGGAAGGUCUUCUACGGACAAACACGCCACUGUUGAUGCUGUAACUACUACUCCGUUUGACAAGAAACUAGUCGUAGAGCCUUCGGUCAACGCUCCUGGAGCGGCUGCAUGUCCUCCGCUGGUCAUUGGCCAUCACGCUGACCGCAUAGUUAUGGACAAGUACUAUGGACACUACUCUGAGGAGCUCAACUUCUUCAGGCAGCUAGUAGUAGCAGUUGUGAGGGACUUUUGCCUUCGAAAUCAGUGCUCGAGUGGUAGUAUGAAUAGCUCGGCUAUAGAUGCUAGAAGAGCCCCGCCUCAUCAACGGCCAGCUGGGUUGGCGCUAUCUCUAUUCGCCGCGGAGUGGGAUAGAUACUUUCAUGGUAAGCACGGACUCAAGGAAAUGAGAGAGCGCUUUGGUGUGAUGAAGUUGAUGCCGUUCCUGCACUCUAUAAAGGAACUAGACAUUGUAGGAACUCACCCAGAGGUGCGGGUUCGAAUGAAGCCUGAGUACCUCUACUCAUCCUCCUCUGCUAUUCAGAAGUCCCCUGUUAGUCAUGCUGCUCCUCCAGGCUUUGAUGAGAGAGCUCCUCUUGUGAUGGAGGGCUAUGGUACUACUAAGGAGUUCCUAUCGCCGACGCCGCGCACGCAGAGAAAUGAUCCUCAUCAAAGUUAUUCCGACCAAGCAUCAGCUACGGCCCUACUCGCACAGCAGUUGUUGCAAUCUCAACAGCAACUGAUGACACUGAUAAGUCUACAGCAACAACAACUAGCUAGAAUGGGAGCUUCAUCGACGAAUCAGGAAUUGGAAUCUCUGGUGUCGGGCCUGCUAGCCGGGGUGAAUGAUACUGCCACAGUGAGUGGCUGCGGUGAUACUAAUGGGAUGAAGGUUCCUCAGCAGCCUGUGAGUACAGCAACCCCACGUCCUCUAGACUGCCUUAGUCCAGCAGCAGCAGCAUCAGCAACAACGCCGACUCUGAUAUCUAAAGACGACCUCAAACAGCUCCUAUUGAGUGUUGUUGAGGAGGCCUGUACUGAUCAAGGGCGAUCUUGGGAUGCCCGACAGGACUUACUAUCGGGUAUAACUGGGGAGGAAUCUGACUCGAGUGUGAGCAGCAGCAGCUUAUACAGUGAUAGCGGCAUGUCUGAUAUGAGUUUCCGUCGUACUGAGGUGAAUGCCCUCGAUGGUAGCAUACCAAAGUCGUUAUCGACGACGGCUGAGAGGGGGAUGCAGGCACAGUGCAAGAGGAACAAGACUGUUGGGAUGCCAGUAUCGUCUGUUAAGAGGGCGUGGAAGAAGGCUUAUCCGGGCCUCAGCCCUCUGGACUUCUACAUGACCUACUUUGGAAUACGCAAACUGAAAUUCUUACUGUUGGAAAUUCCAGAGUUGCUGCUGAUCGGUAGCGGAGGUUCGAUGAGAGUUGCGACCUUUGCGCAUGUGCUGAAGUACUGUGAUCCGUUUCCUUCGGAUUGCCGCUCGGGUGCUGCUGGCCUUCAUGCUGCUGACGAGACAUUCGCGGGCGAGAGCGGUCUACGGCAGCAAUUGCAUAAGUUGUUAUUCGACUUGGUAGCGGAGAAGUGUCAAGAGCAGCAAAUUGCAGAACUUGCUACUAGGGCUACUUUUGGUGACACAGAGGCUAGAAAUAUUCUAGAGAAGUAUAAUGAGGCUGGUCAGAGCCUUUCUGAAGCAGCUGAGCGGGCCAAGGACGGUGGUAGAAGUAGCAGCAAACCGGCGCCGAUCGAUACGACUGUGGUUGCGGUAGAAGGCGAUGAGAGUGUAGAUGAGGUCAUUAGGAUGGUCCCUGAGCCUGAAGGUAUACUACUGACUGAUAUCGAGAGAGUGUGGUAUGAGAAAUAUGGUCAACAUCUACAGCCUAUGUUGGAGCUUGCAGGAUAUAGGAACGCGAGUCGAUUGAUCCACACCUGUCCAGGACUAAGAGUUUCUGGUCAUGGUAUGUACCUUCGAUGCCGAGUUGGGAAGAAGCAGCAACAAGGGUUGGCUAAGACGCCAAUAUGCUUGGCAGAUGACCUUCUCUCUGAUAUCACUGAGUCCCCGGUGGUUGGCAAUAACGAAGGUAAUGGAGUGUCUGCUGCUUUUACUAGUAGCAGUUUUACCUCGUCAUCAUCAUCGUCAACCCCAGCGUCGGGGGGGAUCUUUGGACCCCAGUUGAUGAGUAGAGGCGAUGAUGGUAUCGGCUUGGGAUCGGUACCGACCUCCGUAGCUGCCCAUUUCGGCCAAUCUAGUGCUACGAUGGGAACAGCAGCUGAGGAAGUACCGUACAUCGCUGAGGAUGCUGCUGCUGCCGACGCUCUACUUGGAGGGCUGUUGUCUUACCCUCGUUGUGGUCGAUCUGAGGGGCAUGGUGACGCUUAUGGCUAUUCUGAGAGUACUGUUGACAACAACAAUAGCUUCCUGCAACAGUCCCCUUUGAUGUCUAUGGAAGCCCUGCUGGCUGAAGUUGAUACCCCUCCGACGAAGUCUACGGCUUUUGGAGCCUCUCCGUGUAAUGAUAAGCAAACAGGUUUGAUGAGCACGAUGAAGUGUGUGCAAUGA